UGGUCGCCAUGCUCUUUGCAAGUUCCAACGCUGUCAUGACCAGCCGUCGUGACCAAGUCAAGCUCUCCGGAGUUGGUUCACCUGACCACGUUCAGUCCACGGAGACAAACACGGACAUCAACCGGUUUCUGAGAAGUGUCGAUGACCAGGAAGAUAAUGAAGACAGCGAAGACAGUGAAGAGAGAGGAUUCGAGAAAUAUUUCAAAAUGUGGCACAAAAAUGGAAUGACCUCUGCUGCCAUCAAGGACGACCUUGGCAUUGCCGGUCUCAAGUUUCGAUAUGGAAAGGGGUCCGCCAAACUUAAAGCGAGGGAGGAGUAUCAAAAGUGGAAGGGUUACAAGGAGUAUCUGAAGGAAAACCCGCUGCCCUAACAGCAAUUAACAGGCAUGCUUCUUUCGAGCUGAGGUAACGGAAUGAAUGGAACCGACAUUUCUUCUCAACAGUAAAGUUU